CGUCGCUUCUCUCCACUUGCUGCCACACAUCGUAACCGUCACAGCCGUUCAAAUAGCAAUACACUUUUGGGCGUUUCUUUUCUCGCGCAAAAUUCGCCCAUUCAGCGAUAACCAGUAUACAGUUCCAUGAUGUCGCACAUCUCGCCUAAUGGCAACGAGCUGCAGGAGAUACAAAAAGAAGACGAGGCAAUUGUGUUGAAUAAUGAUAAUCCGAUCGAUCCGGUGACUGGACUCACCCAACUCGAAAAGGAUUUCGUCCAGCAAAGUUGGCAUCACGUCCGUCAAGACCUCAAAGCUGCGGGACUCGGCUUCUUUCAUGCAUUCUUUCACGCCCAUCCGGAAUACAAGGAAAAAUUUAAGAAAUUCGCCGACAUUUCUGCUGAUAAACUCAUCGAGAAUAGAGCUUUCCAGGUGCAUGCGAUGAGCGUUAUGAAUGCAGUCACCAUGGUAGUCGAUACGCUUGACGAUGUCCCGAAACUGGUGAAAGAGUUGAAAAAUCUUGGUGCGAGUCACGGUCGGCACAACAUUCAAGUGUCUCACUUUCGCAACUUGGCUGUGGUACUUGUGGCCUUCCUCGAGAGUGCCCUCGGUCCGGAACUGUUCCAAGACGAUGUCAAACAAAGUUGGAUCAAAGCGUUGGAUCUGGUUGUUACCGUAGUUGCCACAGGUUUACCGCAGAGGACGCCUGCUGCCACAGAAUCCACUGUCAACUGAAUAAAACAACAAAAAACAUGCUGCGCUUUUCCGUUUUUGUAACAGCUUGAGUGCAUGGCCAUUUACACCAGUUUUAUCUCAAAUUCCCCGAAAAGAAAUAAAAGGCAAGUAUUAUCUCUAAAUUCAAAUCUUCUUCUUGAUAGACCUUCUUUUCUUUUCUUGCUGGAAGGCCAAUGUUCUUGAAAUGAAUUUGAUCACUAAUAUUUGUGCAUUUUAUUACGCAUAACUGUAUUUCCCCAUUCGAGUUCACCACACCCUUCAUUUGUUCUCUUUUCUAUAAAUCGAUGUUGCAGCUUGUCUUGUUUGAACGUUUUGCAUCAACCUCAUUCAUUACUACUUAGUUACACACAUUAUUAUUAAUCGGUGGUCCAAUACAUUUAUGACGUAUA